ACCGCGCAGGCGCAUUCCCGUUGCGCUCGCCUGCGAUCCCCGGUGCCUCUAUCCCGGAUCCUUUGCCGCAGCGUCAGCGCCGACGCCUCCUCUUUUCCUCCUCCGCCCCCUCCGGCUCGUCGGCUUCUCGCGUCGCCGGUGUCCGGAGCCUGUACCGAGCCCAGGAGCACCGGGUGCCAUGCUACCCGGGCGGAUGCGCUGAAGGAUGGCGACGCCGAUCCCUCCGCCCGCCCCGCGGCACCUGCGGUUGCUGCGGCUGCUGCUCUCCGGCCUCGUCCUGGGAGCGGCCCUGAGCUGUGCGGCCGCCAGCCGCCCCGAUACAGCCGCCUGUCCUGGGAGCUUGGAUUGUGCCCUGAAGAGGCGGGCAAGGUGCCCACCAGGUGCGCAUGCCUGUGGGCCCUGCCUUCAGCCCUUUCAGGAAGACCAACAAGGACUCUGUGUACCCAGAAUGCACCGGACUCCUGGGGUGGGCUUGCCAAAACCCAGACUGGAAGAUGAGAUCGACUUCCUGGCCCAGGAGCUGGCCCUGAAGGAGGCGGGACACGUGAGGCUCACCGUACAACCCCUGCCUGAGGCCCGGCAGAAGCUCCUGGAGCCUGCUACCUUGGGGUUUUCAGAGCGGGGUCAAGGACUGGAGCCGAGCCUCCCCUCCACUCCGGGAGCCUCCCCACCCACGCCGCGUGCCUCCUUGGGUUCCCCUGUGUCAUCUGGGCCUGUGCACAUGUCCCCGCUGGAGCCCCAGGGUGGGCGUGGCGAUGGCCUGGCCCUUGUGCUGAUCUUGGUGUUCUGCGUGGCCGGCACCACUGCCCUCGCCGUGGCAGCCCUGUGCUGGUGUAGGCUGCAGCGAGAGAUCCGCCUGACUCAGAAGGCUGACUACACGAUAGCCAAGGCGCCCACCUCACCGGCUACGCCGCGGAUUUCGCCUGGAGACCAGCGGCUGGCACACAGCGCUGAGAUGUACCACUACCAGCACCAGAGGCAGCAGAUGAUGUGCUUGGAGCGGCAUAAGGAGCCUCCCAAGGAGCUGGAGUUGGCCUCAUCGGACGAGGAGAAUGAAGAUGGCGGCUUCACAGUGUACGAGUGCCCCGGACUGGCCCCAACCGGAGAGAUGGAGGUGCGCAACCCUCUGUUCGACCACGCCUCGCUGUCAGCACCAGUGCCUGGUCCCAGCUCCUCGGCCCCUCUGCAGUGACUUGGAGGCCAACACCCACUCGCCAGCCAGCCGGUUGCAGCCCACGGGUGGGGAGGGGCAAGGCCUGGCGUUUCCCAUCGAAAGGAACACGUUGUGACCCUCUGCGUGCUUCUGGCUGGGGGGGGGGGAGGCACCAGCCCCCAGGGCCCCUUGCCAGGGAGAUUCCCCACCUUUUGUGGGAGACCUAGCAUCUGCUUGCACCUCCUCUUUCCGGUCAGAAUCCCCAGGCUUGAGGAAGUCUUGGAUCCCUACAGCCCAGACAUGGAUGGGGAAUUCUGAAGAAAAAGCCAAUUAAAGCCUCUUUCAAACCUG